AUGAUCUACGACCGCUUUGAUGGACUGAUUGCAAUGAAGGACCUGCUGCGAAUCACCGCCGAGGUGGCGGAUCGAAACGUCAAAGUGACGGUCAUUGCCUUCCCGCCUGAGGAGGCGGUGACGCCUUUAGAGGAACGAAGCUCCUCUUCUUCUUAUCAUGAACUCCCGAACUUCAAAGGAAGUGGAGGAGGUGGAAAUAGCGGCAACAGUGGCUACAACGACGUCACCUACAAGAAGCUGCUGAAGAACAUCAAGAAGAGCGAGCACAACUUUGUGCUCUUUCUCAGCGCGGAGAAGUCGCUCAACUUUCUGCGCGAGGCGUUGCGCUCGAAUCGCAUGAGCGAGUACGACAACUUUCUCAUCGCCUCGGUGACGAAGCUCGAAGGCCUCUCGGGGCCGAUUGCCUUUGACCGGAGCGGCCACCGCGUCAACUUUACCGUCGAUGUGCUGCAGCUGAAGCCGCACGCCGGCCUGAAGAAUGUGGCCACCUGGACGGAGCAGAGGGGCAUCACCGCCAAGGGCAACUACUCCUUCACCGACUCCUACAAUCAGGUGCUGGUGGCGAUGCGAACCAAGGAGCUGGUGGUGCUCACGUCGAACGCCAAGAACAUUCCCUACGUCUUCUUCAAGCCCGACCACGAGAAGCGGGUCGGUAACGACAAGUACGACGGCUACUGCAUUGAGCUGCUGCAGAAGAUCGCCGAGGUGCUCGAGAAGAACUUCAACUCCUCCUUCAAGUACACCAUUCGCCUGCCGGCCGACGGGAUGGGCACGGGGAAGGACCAGGGCAACGGCGAGUGGAACGGCAUGAUCGGCGAGUUGAUGCGCCACCAGGCCGACCUGGCCAUCUCCGACCUGACGGCCACCUACGCCCGUGAGCAGGUGGUGGACUUUACGAUGCCCUUCAUGAACCUGGGCAUUACCAUACUGUUCAAGAAGACGCCCAACGAGGAGCCGGAACUGUUCAGCUUUCUCAAGCCGCUCAGCGUGGAGGUGUGGCUGUACCUGGGCAGCGCCUUCCUCGCCGUCAGCAUCAUUCUCUGGCUGAUGGCACGGAUCAGCCCCUACGACAUUGGGAAUAGCCUUUGGUUUACCAUUGGCUCACUGAUGCAGCAGGGCAGCGACCUCGCCCCGCGGGCGCUCUCCACGCGCACCCUCGCCGCCGUCUGGUGGUUCUUCACCAUGAUCAUGAUCAGCAGCUACACGGCCAACCUGGCCGCCUCACUGACGCUGAGCCGCAUGGCGCCCGCCAUCAACAACGUCGAGGACUUGGCGAAGCAGACAAAGAUCCACUACGGCUGCAAGGAGACGGGCAGCACGCAUGACUUCUUUAAGCACUCCAACCUGAGCAUCUACCAGCGGAUGUACAACACCAUGGAGGCGCACAAGGAGGUCUACAUCGACGACUUCGAGAAGGCGACCGAUCGGGUGCGUAAGGGCGGCUACGCCUACCUCGCCGAGUCCAGCACCAUCGAAUACAAGAAGGAGCGCGUCUGCGACGUCUACCAGGUGGGCAACUGGCUGGACAACAAGGGCUACGGCAUUGCGACGCCCAGCGACUCGCCCUACCGGACGCCCAUUUCGAACGCCAUCGUCGUCCUGCAGGACCAGGGGCAGCUGUACCAGCUGAAGAAGAAGUGGUGGAUCGAGGACGGCGGCGGCCAGUGCCCCGAGUCGCCGCCCUCCAGUCAGGAGCUGAACAUCGAGAACGUGGGCGGCGUCUUUGUGGUGCUGGUGGCGGGCGUCGUCGCCGGCUGCUUCUUCGGCGCCCUCGAGUUCAUCUGGAAGAGCCUGAAGGUGGCGAGGCAUGAGCGGGACUCCAUCGGCAAGCUCAUCUGGCUGGAGGUGGUGCGCAUCUGUACCGGUGGCAGCUCCUCUCGGCCCGUUUACCAGUCCCAGUCGAGCUCCAACAUUGCCCCAACAACUCCUCAAAGUCCAAACUCCGCUGGGGAGGCCAACACUGUCAACAGCGCCCGGCCGAGACUGACCAAGGCCAGCAGCGGUACGUCCAUCAUGAACGGCCUGCUUAGCCCUCCGCCGCCCAGCUCUAACUUCGGUGACUACGAUGCUCGGGCUCUGUCUCCGGGGCCCGGCUUUACACUGCCACCGCCGCCACCGGAGCUACCUCCUCAGCAGCAGCAGUACCAGCUCCGGCAGCUGCCCUCCUUCAACUCCUACGACUCGACGGCGCCGCUGCUCAGCCCGGGCGGCAUCUCCGGGCCGCCGGGCAGCGCUUUUAGCCGGCUAAACAGCGGCAUCUCCAAUCCCAAAUCGCCCUCCCUCUACAGUAACAUGUACUGA